CGUCAGGUAUCAAUCAUGCGUUUAGCAAGCUUGAUAAGCUCGCUGCAGGCUGCUGAUGCUCGUGUCCGAGAUGAGGCGUGUUGUGGAGAGGACGGAACCGCGAUGGGGUGAGGCGUGAGGUGAAGGAAGCAGACGGGACGUCCAGGAAUUUGCGUAGAAAUGAGUUUUUUGGGCACGGUCCGUUAGAGAGGCUUGAUGUCAAAGCGCACACGGGAGCAGCUGGACGCGGCCCAGCUGCGCUCGGACAGACGGCGGCCUAAAACCCAGCUCCCCGGUGUGCGCCCGAACGCAUCAUGAUGCCUUCCAAGGUGUCAUGCCUGUACCUGCUGACGGUGGUGUGCUGGGCCAGCGCUCUGUGGUACCUGAGCGUGUCUCGGCCCACAUCCGCCUACGUGGGCCACGUGUCUCUGUCCGUGCGCAAAACAGCCAGAGCCGCCAAGAACGUCACCUUCACCAACAUCCGAACGCGACCCCUCAACCCGCACGCCUUUCCCUUCGUCAUCAACGAGCCCAAGAAGUGCGAGGAGCGCGCCCCCUUCCUGGUGGUCCUCAUCAGCACCACGCACAAGGAGUUCGACGCCCGCCAAGCCAUCCGUGAGACCUGGGGCGACGAGAGCACCUUCAGCGACCUGCGCGUCCUCACCAUCUUCCUGCUGGGCAGGAACACGGAUCCCAUCCUCAACCGGAUGGUGGAGCAGGAGAGCCAGAUCUUCCACGACAUGGUGGUGGAGGACUUCAUCGACUCGUACCACAACCUCACCCUCAAGACCAUGAUGGGGAUGCGCUGGGUGGCCACCUUCUGCCCCAAGGCGCAGUACAUCCUGAAGACGGACAGCGACGUCUUCAUCAACAUGGACAAUCUCCUGUACAAGCUCCUCAAACCCAGCAGUAAGCCGAGGAAGCGGUACUUCACCGGCUACGUCAUCAACGGGGGGCCCAUCAGGGACAUGCGCAGCAAGUGGUACAUGCCCAGAGACGUGUACCCCGAGAGCAAGUACCCGCCCUUCUGCUCGGGCACGGGCUAUGUCUUCUCCUCGGACGUGGCCGAGCUCAUCUACAAGACGUCCCUCCACACCCGCCUGCUGCACCUGGAGGACGUCUACGUGGGCUUGUGCCUGCGCAAGCUGGGCAUCCAUCCGUACCAGAACACCGGCUUCAACCACUGGAAGAUGGCCUACAGCCUGUGCCGCUACCGCAGGGUCAUCACCGUCCACCAGAUCUCCCCCGAGGAGAUGCACCGCGUGUGGAACGACAUGUCCAGCAAGAAGCACCUCAAGUGUUAGCUUCCUUUGCCUUCUCCACGCCGUCUUUACUGACCAACUGAAUGCUGACGCCAACCACCUUUUUAUCUCAUCGUGACCUUUAUUGCGUUUCUUUUGGAAAUACGGUGCAGCCUCGGUUAGCGUACGCCCCGGGUUAGCAUACGCCCCGGUUAGCGUACGCGCCGCUUUUCUUAGCGUUCAAUGGAAAUGUUUGCCAAAAAUGUGUCUCUGCUUUGGUACGGCCCAAAUAAACGAGUCACGUGUCCAAACAAAGCAUCCUCGCUUCUCAGUCAACCACGGGUGGGGUUUCUUCUCGGGGCGGGACACUUUUACACAGGCAGGGGUGUCCAAACGGCCUCUGCCAAGCCGAGGAACGCGCAUUUUUCCAUUGCCAUUUUUGUUUUUUUGUUUGUUUUUUUUUUUUUAUUUUCCAAAUAAGCUUCCAAAAAGUCAACUUUCUUCUUCAAUCUUGGGAAAUGUUCUUUUCCAUUCUCAUACUUACCGAAUGUUAUCCUUUCAUUUGGGCUUGAUUGGAUUUAUUUCCCUUUUUUUUUGUUUGCUUUCUCAUGAUGUCACACCCUAAAAAAAAUAUUUUUUUUUUAAAAAAUGCAACUUUAUGCGACUACAAGGAUGUCAUUUUUCCUCAUAAUAUUACAAGUUUAUUCUCGUGAUUUGACAAUUUGAUUUGACAUUUUUUCUCUUAAUAUUUGGACUUUAUUCUUGGAAAAUUACUGCUCUUUUUUCCAUUUUUGCUGGGGUAUUUUUUGUUUUGUUUUUUAGUUUUCUUGCUAAAUGAUAUUUUUCAAAUGUACCAAGGGCCAAUAAAAAACAGACACAGGUCGCAAAUGGCCCCCGGGCCACACUUUGGACACCCCUGCUAUAGACAGACUCCAUCCAGGGAAUCCUUUAGUGUGUGUGUGUUUUGCUUGUUCAGAGAACACACACAACACAAUAAACAACUCUGUUUCGAUCUCCUUUCUUCCUCCUAAUAAGCAGUGUGUGUGUGUGUGUGUGUGUGUGUGUGUGUGUGUGUGUAGGGCUGCAAAAGAAGCCCCAUGACGCAAAAGAAGGCAGCAAGUGUGCAAGGAUGUUUGAUAAGGAAGGUGAGAAAGCAAAGUAGGAAGGUAGCGUGUGUUGCAACGCGAUGGGAAAGCAAAGGUUCCUAGUUAAGACGGGUUGCGGGG